UAAGCUUUUACUAGAAGUCUGCUAAGCGACAAAUUACAGCUUCAGUGUGCAUAUUUCUGAAAACAUCAUAAAUAACCCAAUAUUAUUGCAGCCUUUUGGAAGUCAUAUCUUGUCCUUUGCUUCAUCCCUCGCAUUCGACCAUUUCAACCAUGGCGAUUGACAAUAAGCUAGGGAACUACAUCUUUUCACUUGUUUCAAUUGUUUCGGCUGUGAAAUGGGCGUGGAGUAUCCUGCUUCGUUACUGUUUGUUCCCUUAUACAAUACCUGCAGACAGUGGUUACAAUUACAAGCAAGACUGGGGUACUGAUGUUGAAUGUGCUAUCUGCUUAUGUAAGAUCGAUGAAGACGAUGAGAUUCCGGAGUUGAGAUGUGACCAUCUUUUCCAUAAAGCUUGCUUGGAUAGAUGGGUUGGAUCCCGGCGAUUCAAUUGCCCUAUCUGUCGCACUUGUACUUUAACUCCUCCACAACUAGCUUCCGGCAUGCAAGUUAUUGUUUUCAGAUAUUGUUCUUUCGAUGAUUCCAGCAGUCAGCGGGAAACCUGGUAGCUGCGUUAGAUUUAAAUGACCGCCAUCACCCUGAUGUUGCUGCCAUUUUAAGCUUACUAUUGUUAAUAUUUAGCAAGGUGCGGUAUUAUGCUAGGGGCUGCUAUCGUGUUGGAGGUCUUUUUGCUUUUUUCAGUAAUAAAUAAAAAAUAUGUAUGAUUUGGUUGCAAUCAAA